AUUCAGGCGUUUCCAGGCUGACUUUAUGAAAGUUUUCUUUUCUUCUGAGCUAAUGGUGUGGCUGUCAUUGACUCCCAUUAGAAUGGCUGCCAAAUUGGUCCCAUGUGGUACAAUCUGGGCUGGUGUGGUGCAGAGUUACCCCAACUACCCAUUUUUAACCUGCCUUGUGGGGCUGUGCUGAAGCUUUAUUUUUAAGCAACAACAAUGCUGUACUCUUGAUCUGGGAGCCAUGUUUGCAAAACUGUGUCAGGUGUUCAGAUUUCCAUAUUAAUUUCAGGCAUUGAAAUUAGAGAUGUUUGGAAGUUUAUUCAUUAAUUGUUUAUUUGCUGUCCUUCAGAUGCAAAAUGCUGAUUGUAACAGCGCUGCUUGGUAAAGUCCUCCUUUCUUUUAAGCCCAGCAUGCUCUGUUCUGUCUGUGUUAUUUCCAUCUCUUCUGAUUUUUCCCAUCAGUCCUCUCAGGUGUUCUGCCUUACUUUAUAUGCUGAUGUUGCACUAAGAGUGGCAUAUGCAGGAAGAAUGAAUAUGGGGACCCCUUUCUCUCCUGAGCUUUGAUGAACUUACGGGAGUAUAAUGGGGAAUGAACCCGCUGCUACUGCAGGGAAGGGGAAAUGUGUUCUAGGGGUUGGUCUUGGAAUCAUAAGCUAUAAAAAAGAAGGAUUUCCCCUGAUGAAUUGCUAGUAGCUUUGUCCACUGUCUCCUUGUUAACCUGGGUACCAAAUGUAGCAGCCAGCAUUACUACUGCCUGUUAGACCUCACCAAAAAUAGAUGAGUUUCUCACAAUAAAAUGCUUAUUGCUAAGGGGUAUCUCUUUCUGGAGGUAACAAGGGCACGUUUAGCUGAUGUACUUGACUUUUUUGUGAGUUUCCCCACUGUAGCUGAGCUCCUUUUCUCAGCAGGCCUUUGACUGCAAGGCUGUGGAAGGCAGAUGAGGACCAGACUCUUCAGGAUUCUCCAUUGUGAGAUGGUGUUUGGAGGCAGAGCUGCAGGAGAAGAAAGUAGAGAGGGGGGCAUUACAAUUUUAAAGUCUUGUUGGCCUUUGCAAAGCGGGGAGGAAAGCCUGCCGGAAGCUGGGAUGCACCCAGGGUGAGAGAACAAGUUACGCAGUGAUUCUGACACGUCAGGUAUUUCACAGAGCCUGCUGCCAGCUUAGGAACAUUCAGAUCUUUGAGACCCUUUUCCAGUGGUGUCCGUCAGAGAAAGAAAGAAAAGAGAGAAUGAAAAAUAAAUCUACUGUAUUACAGACACAAUGAGCUCUGGAUCAAAGUGGGAUGGAGCUUGAAAGGUGAUGUUUUCAAUUUUGCUGGCCAGAGGGGUUGUGACUCGGAUGGCAUGGGUAAACAAUGAGGAGAGAGACAGUCCCUUUGGGAGUCAGUGUCUGACUUAACGAGCCAGCAGUUAUUAAAAGAUGAAUAGAGGAGAAGUGAACCGUGCUUUCUGGCUGGUAGUGUGGCUUAUUUUCUUCGUUCUUUUCUCUUUUUCUCUCGAAGAUCAAAGGCCUAAUUUUAGAACAAGCCCUAUUUAUGGACUGCUCAGCCACUGUCUGCUUUACUCUUGUUCUAGAAUAAUGGAAAAUAAAUAGAGCUGGCAGGAUCUCCCAGUGUCCAGAGCUCAUCCCUGAUGCAAGGCAGGAGGAGAAAAAAAGAAAAAGACCGUUCCUAGCAGAGGUUCUGUGUGAUUUGUCUCUGCAGAGGGAGUUCCCCUCCCUCAGCUCUUUCAGUCUUUCUGCAUGAUCAGAAGCUGAAAAUAUGUGACCUGUGGCUGCUCCUGAUGUUCAGCAGAGCUAACUCCUUCUGAUCCCUGCCUUCUUGAUGUGCCUUGGAAAAGAGUCCUCUUUCCAGGACUGGUGCUGAGUAUGGAGUUGAGCCUUGGUUUGUGUGCCUGUGGACUAUAUUGUAUAUACUGUAUAUACAGCCCACCAUGAUCAGUUGUACUUUUUCCUUUUUAUAACAGCAUGAGAUUGUUGGGUCCAGUCUAGGCUACAAACUGAUGUAGCCAGGCAUCCUUUCUACUGGCUAGCUGCCUCUGGAUCCCUCUGUAUCUCUAGACAAUUUUCUACCACUCAGCAGUUCUUUGUGUUUCCUCACAUUACUUGCCACUCCCCUCCCCCUUUCCUCUUCUCCCCCUGCUGUUUUGCUCAUCUGUCAAAAUAAUUUUUAAUUGUUACCUUGUUCUGCAGAAUUCAGGAUGACAAUUGUCUGCAGUACCUGUAGUCAGUUCAGCUGAACAGGGUGUAAACACACUGUAUGCAGGUAUAGUUUGAGAGUGAACCUCUAAUUACCCCAUGGGAAUGCCUUCUUGGGUUUUCUUCCCCCUCUCCUUUGUGUCAGCAUUUCACCCAGCUUUCUUUGGAUGAUGUUUCCAUAGUCCAUAUCAUUUGAUACAGUGACAAAAUCCUGGAAACACUUGUGUGUUCAGAAUGAGUUUGAGAGUGAUGGUUCAAGGCUGUGUGGAAAUCUGAUGGUGUAAGGAAGCUGCUCUUGCUGUGGGUGCUCUGUGCUGCCAAUUAAAGGCAUUCUUCCAGUGGGGCAGUCUGAUACCCACAGUGCUGCCUGCCAGGUAAAUCUGUCCUCUCCCCAGGUUUUGCAGUACUGAGGAUCUUCACUGGCCCGAAGCUUUGGGUGAAGGGAGAAGAAUCAGUUCAAAACCUUUCUGCUGGGAAUUGCGCAAGAGGCAUUCCAGCUGGGGGCAGGGGUCUGUGUGUCUCUGCUCUUUUACACAGCUGAAGCUUAAUUGGUACAAAGCUGCAGAUAAGGGUGCAUGUGCAGAACUAGAGUGAAGUUAAUUCAUGCAGAAGAGCUUGUCUCACAAGUGGGAGCGCUGAGCAGAGGGAAGAAGUCUCCUAAAACCAUUUAACUUUGCAGAUUCCCUGCAGCACUUGGCUGCACGCAGCAGCGGUGGGAGCCUGUCAGCCCCUGGAAUGAAGCGGGGCAGGCUGCGUAGCAACUGCAUUGAGAAGUGGAACUCCACUAUUCUACACUGGGGAAAAUGCCUCUGCUGAAGUUUCUCUAGCUCCAGCUUCGUGAAUAAAGAUCUGUCGCUUUGGAGUUAUUCACAGCAGCUCUGUCACUACUGACUCAUCCAUCUGCUUCAAGAAAAUGUUUGCUGUCCACUUGCUAGCUUUCCAUUUCACAAAGCUAAAAGAGGAUCAAAUAAAAAAGGUUGACAGGUAUCUGUACCACCUGCGCCUCUCUGACGAUGUCUUGCUGGAUGUGAUGGCUCGAUUCCAGGCUGAGAUGGUGAAGGGCCUGGGCAGGGACACAAACCCCACAGCCACCGUGAAAAUGCUGCCGUCGUUCGUGCGCUCGCUGCCCGAUGGCUCAGAGAAGGGUGAUUUCCUCGCUGUCGACUUGGGUGGCUCCCAGUUUCGUGCCCACCAGGUGAAGGUGUUCGAUGAUGGGAAGCAGAGCAGCCAGCUGGAGAGCAAGUUUUACCCCACACCCAAGGAGGUGACACAAGGCAACGGAGCCGAGCUCUUUGAGUACGUUGCUGACUGUCUGUCAGAUUUCAUGGAGACCAAAAACCUGAAGCAUAAGAAGUUACCUCUUGGCUUUACAUUUUCUUUUCCAUGCAAACAGACCAAGUUGGAAGAGGGGGUUCUUCUUGCAUGGACAAAGCACUUCAGGGUCCGAGGAGUUCAGGACACAGAUGUGGUCAGCUCUCUGCGCAAGGCCCUCCAGAAGCACAAGGACAUAGAUGUUGAUGUUUUGGCGCUGGUCAAUGACACGGUGGGAACCAUGAUGACUUGUGGAUAUGAUGACCAGCGCUGUGAAGUUGGACUCAUAAUUGGCACUGGCACCAAUGCCUGCUACAUGGAGGAGAUGAGGCACAUCAACCUGGUGGAAGGGGAUGAAGGGAGGAUGUGCAUUAACACCGAGUGGGGGGCCUUUGGAGAUGACGGUGCUUUGGAUGAUCUCCGCACAGAGUUUGAUCGGGAGCUGGAUCUGGGAUCUCUCAAUCCUGGAAAACAAUUGUUUGAGAAGAUGAUCAGCAGCCUGUAUUUGGGGGAACUUGUAAGACUCAUUCUCCUAAAAAUGACAAAGCAAGGUCUGCUCUUCAAUGGGAAAGUGUCAACAGCUCUGCUUACUAAGGGCAAGAUUGAAAUGAAACACGUGUCUGCAAUGGAAAAGCACAAGGAAGGUCUGAGCAACACAAAAGAGAUCCUUACGGAGCUGAACCUGUUUCCCUCUGAGGAGGACUGUGUUGCUGUUCAGCACGUCUGCACCAUCGUUUCCUUCCGCUCGGCCAACCUCUGUGCCGCCGCCUUGGCAGCCAUCCUGACCCGGCUCAGGGAGAAUAAAAAGCUGCUGAGGAUGAGAACCACUGUUGGGAUUGAUGGGGGACUCUAUAAAACCCACCCCAAAUACGCCAAACGCCUGCACAAGGUGGUGAGGAGGCUGGUGCCCACAUGCGAUGUGCGGUUCCUGCUGUCGGAGAGCGGCAGUGGCCGCGGGGCCGCCGUGGUCACGGCGGUGGCACGCAGGCUGGCCACCCAGCGCCGGCGCAUCGACGCCACGCUCGCACCCUUCCUGCUGCCCCUGGACAUCCUCCGAGAGGUGAAGGACAAAAUGAGGGCUGAGCUGGAAUAUGGGCUGAAGAGGGAGACGCAAGCUGACGCCACGGUGAAGAUGCUGCCCACGUACGUGUGUGGGACGCCAGAUGGAACAGAGAAAGGAAAGUUCCUCGCCCUUGAUCUUGGUGGCACAAAUUUCAGGGUUCUGCUGGUCAAAAUCAAAAGUGGAAGAAGAAGAUCAGUGCAAAUGUAUAACAAAAUCUUUGCCAUUCCUUUGGAGAUCAUGCAAGGGACAGGAGAAGAGCUCUUUGACCAUAUUGUCCAGUGCAUAGCAGACUUUCUGGAGUACAUGGGGAUUAAAGGUGCUCGACUUCCUCUGGGCUUCACCUUCUCCUUCCCCUGCAGGCAAGCCAGCAUAGACAAGGGAACACUUGUGGGAUGGACAAAAGGAUUCAAGGCAACAGACUGUGAGGGGGAAGAUGUUGUUGAUAUGCUAAGAGAGGCCAUCAGAAGAAGAAAUGAGUUUGACCUGGACAUUGUAGCGGUGGUGAAUGACACCGUUGGGACCAUGAUGACUUGUGGAUAUGAGGAUCCAAACUGUGAGAUUGGCCUAAUUGCAGGAACAGGCAGCAAUGUUUGCUACAUGGAGGACAUGAAAAACAUAGAAAUAGUGGAAGGGAAUGAAGGAAAGAUGUGCAUUAAUACAGAAUGGGGAGCAUUUGGUGACAAUGGCUGCAUUGACCACAUCAGGACAAAAUAUGAUAGAGAAGUAGAUGAAGGCUCACUAAACCCAGGGAAACAGAGGUAUGAAAAAAUGACCAGUGGAAUGUACCUAGGUGAAAUAGUAAGGCAAAUUUUGAUUGACUUAACCAAACAAGGCCUGCUGUUCAGAGGACAUGUUUCGGAAUCACUCAGGAAAAGAGGCAUAUUUGAAACAAAAUUCCUGUCUCAGAUUGAGAGUGACCGUCUCGCUCUCCUGCAAGUGCGGCGCAUCCUGCAGCAGCUCGGCCUGGACAGCACCUGUGACGACAGCAUCAUUGUCAAGGAGGUGUGUGGAGUUGUGUCAAGAAGAGCUGCCCGGCUCUGUGGGGCAGGGCUGGCCGCUAUUGUGGAGAAGAAGAGGGAGAACCGAGGUGUGGAGCGCUUGCAAAUCACUGUUGGAGUAGAUGGGACUCUGUACAAGCUCCAUCCACAUUUUUCUAGGGUCCUGCGUGAAACAGUGAAGGAACUGGCACCUCAGUGUGAUGUGACUUUCAUGCUUUCUGAAGAUGGCAGUGGGAAGGGAGCUGCUCUCAUCACUGCAGUUGCAAAAAGAUUGCAUAAUGUUGGACAGAAGUAGAAAUGUGUGGUCAAGUAAUUUCAGCACUGCCAGGCAUGUGCAGUAGGGAUUUGCUGGGUGGUGAUUCAAGAUAGCUUUGCCAGACACCAGUACACAGGUACCUUUUUUGGGGGAGCAGCUGGUUUUGACCAACCAGGAUUGUGGAUUUUUGCCCUUUGGUAACUUGGAUUAGGUGUUUCUGCUCUCCUCUGGCAUUAUGUCUUGGCAUACCACAGUCUGCUCAGUUCUGUACUCCCUGCAGUGCAUCUCCAGUGCACAUGGGAGGGUGAAAACAAAACAAACAAAAUCAACCCAAAUGUGUCUUUUUACAUCUUAAUUAAGGUACUGCACCACAGCUGAGUUUAUCAGUUUCUUAGGAUUUGUGUGCUUAGUUUUGUCUUGGCCUGGCUCAAAGAACACUGAGAUUCUGAUGUUGCCUCUGAUCUAGUGGAUAUAUUUGUUCAGUGCUAAAUUUACAAUAAAUUUGCAGGUUGAAAUAAAUGAAUUGACUUUGGUCAGUGAUGCUUCCCCCACUGCUGCACUGGUUGUAAUACUUCCCUGAGUACAGGAGGCAUGUUUAAUAGAUGAAAAGGAAAAAAAUGUGAUUCCACAGAAUAUCAGUUGGUGUCAAAAUAUGUCAGUGCAUCUGAGUCAUGUGAAGCUAAACCAGUGCUGGAUGGAUUCUGACUGUGACUGAUUCUUUUGAUACUGAAGGAAAAGGAGAAUGCAGAAGGAGCUACAGAGUCUGCAAUGUCUGUGUCAGGGCUACAUAGAGGGUAUCAAACAGGCCACCAAAAUAGCUGUGUAGAGGGAAGAAAAAAAUCACCUGAAUUUCUAAAAGUCUCCUCUUUGCUUUCCCUCUGUUAUCCUCUUGCACGUUCCUGAGAGAAUUGUUUCCAUUUCAUGCAAAGGAAUUUAUUAUCCUUGGUUUUCAUUUUCUGUUGCCUGCUGCUCUGCCUGUUUGUAAAUAAAUCUGUGCUGUUGUGA